GGAAACCUGUUUAAAAUAUGAAGUAGAGAUAAGAUAAUAUUUACAUUUGCAAACCACUUCUUGAUUCCUAAUCCUUACUAGCAACAACUGGCCAGGAGCUUUGAAUAUAUAAACAUGGAUUGGAGAGAGGGAUUGACUAAUAUACACCAAAGAUUGCUCUAUCUAUACAAUUUUUCGAUGCUAAGUGAUGUGUCUAUAGUUAUAGUUGACGAUGGUGUAGAGAAGCUGCAGGUUUUUAAAGUACACUCAGUCAUUUUGGGAAUGAUCAGCCCGGUUUUUGAGCGCAUGUUCUCAAAUGAAAAUUUUGAAAAAAAUCGGAGCAUUGUAAUCAAAGAAGUCGGAGUUGAACUGUUUGAUAUAUUUUUAAGGUUUAUAUAUACAGAAGAAGUAAAGUUUUCUUCAGUUGACGAGGCUUGGUCUCUGUUUUACUUAGGAGACAAAUACAUGAUCCCAGAGCUUAAAGAGUUGUGUAUGCCAUAUAUUAAAAAAAAUAUAACACCGAGUAAUGCUUGCAUCAGCUAUGAAAUGGCUAAAGUCUAUGACCUAUCCGAUUUAAGCCAUAAGUGUAAACAGGUAAUUAUUGAAAAGACGUCAGAAGUACUGGCAGAACCAAACUUUAUGAUGGCAACUGAGGAUACAGUUUUCAUGCUAUUGGACCAAUGCAAAAUUAAUGCCAGGGAAAUUGAUUUGUUUGUUGCAAUUAUAAACUGGGUAAAUCAUAAAAUGGAAGAUAAAGAACAAUCAAUGAUUAGUUCGUCUUCUGUUUCACUUGUCACAAAAGAACUUGAGAAUACUUUGUUUCAAAAAUUAGGAAACAGUUCAACACAAGAUGACACAAUAUUUGAUGCAGAUCAAACAGUUGAAGAUGAAACGCUCAAAGCGACAUUUACCGUUGAUUUAAGCCAAAAGGAAAGCGAAGACUCUGUGGAUAAAUGUCUGACAUGGAAUGAAACUUCCCUUUCUAAAUCAGAUGUAGAUGAGUGUGAAAAAACAGCCCUUCUAAAAAAAGUGCUAUCGAAAAUUUAUUUUUCCGAUAUGAUGGCUGAAGAGUUUGCGACCAAAGUCAUGAAUGCAAACAUAUUAACAACCGAUGAGUCUCUGGGAAUAAUUAUGAAUCUCGUUUCAAAAGGGACCGUGGGUUCAUGGCCGAGUAGAUUUAGGAAGUGUAAAAGAGAAAAUAAAGAUCAUAUCAAUGAAGGUGAAGUUUUCCGACUUGCAUUAGACACCAACGGAAUGGAUGUAAUAGAACAGGAGUCUUGGAACGCGAGCAGAGUCUUAAAAGUCAACCAUCCUGUAAUAUUAAUUGGAUUUGAGAUUGCAUGUUGCGAAAAACGAGAUGAUUCCGCCUUCGACACUUACACAGAUGACAUGCAGUUGUGGCUUUUUGAAGUCUCUACAGGAAAGGGGACAACAAAAGACGUGAUGCAAAUUGCGUCGUACGGAUCCACAAUCAGAGUCGAUUUUAACGUUCCCAUUUCUUUAUUCCCCGAUUCAGCUUAUCAAGUAGGGAUCCACACAAGCGGCACCUAUGAAAAGAGGAAAGGGCACGAGUUGGAUCAAGUGACGUUUGUAGAAGGAGACAUUGUUUUCAAUUUGUUCACCGCACCACCUAGUUUUAUUCCAAUAAUUGGAUUUUACUUUGCUAAACCCACAUGAGUUUAUUUAAAAUCAAUGAAUCGCACAAGACUGAACAUCUAUCGGAUGCAUAUAAUUAUUAAUUCGUUUUUUCAUUUUAUUUGUUGAAAUAAAAUCACAACUUACUAUUUGUGAUAUUGUAUAUGCAAUAUAAUUCUAAAAGUUUUUAA